CCUCUCCCACCUCGCCUUGCGUGCAUCCGUUGGUUUGUGCCUGUAGUAUACGCUGCUGUAGCACCCUGCCCACGGCGGGCCAGCCGCAGUCGUGCCCGUCGAUUUCGUGCCGCCGUGGGGCCAGCCCUGAAAGACGACGUCGCCGCGGCAUCGUCCGCUGUUUCGCGCCCUGUACGCCGUUUUAUCGUCAUCGCGUCGUCGUUGAAACCGUCUCCUCCAGUGUGUCGCCGACGUUUCCUCCCAUGGGAUUAUCGCCGGUCGUCGGCCUCUGACAGCUGCGUGUGUCAGCCCUCGCGACACGGCCUGACGUGGUCGUCACCAUGGCUUCAACCUCGGGCAGCGCCGGGCGCAUGCUGAGGCUGGCCAGCCAGCUGGCUCGGCCCAUGGUCGCCGGCGGCAGCGUCAAGCCGGCGGCGGUGGUAUCGGCGCACUGCUGCUGGCCAGCGUCAGCGCCUGGAGCCAUUGUCCAGCGAGGUUUCAGCAGCGCGCCGCUGUGUUGCCAGAUGCAGACCACUGAGCUGUACCGCGAGGAGGUCAUUCCACUGCAGAAAGCCGAACAGAAGACCGCGGUGAUCCACGAAGGCCCCUACAAAGAACGCCGUGUUACGGUACACACGUGCGCCGAGCUAUUUCGCGAGUGGAAGCACACUCGGCCUGGCUACAAGCACGUCAACGAGGACGGCAUCAGCGUUCCCCUCACCUACAUCCACACGGGGCUGGACCGGCAGGCGGCGGCCGGCGAGCCCGUCGUGUUCGCCCUUCACGGGGCGCCCGGCACGUACCGAGAGUUCGACUCCCUGGUGCCCGUGCUCGACGCACAGGGCGCGUCGGUCAUCGUGCCCACAUUGCCAGACUUGAAUUUCACCAUGAAAACGCAGAGCUUCUGGCACUCGGUGGAAGAGCGGACGGAUCUCCUCAAAAAGUUCCUCAAGGCCAUCAACGUACGAGAAAUCGACAUGAUGGUCGCACACAGUAGCUCCAUGUAUCCCAUGCUCCAUUUGGCGUUACGAGAUCCGGAAAUCAAUAUCAAGUCUCUAGUGUUCAUCGCCCCUUCCGGCUGCAGGAGGAUCACGCAGCUGAGUCCGUACUGGAUGAUGAAGAGCUUCGACGAGUGGUUCCGGGUUCCUUGGCUGCAGGAGUUUAUGUGCUGGCUUGCAGUGUACAUUGUGCGGCUGCUGGGCAAACCCAACAACAACCAGAUGAAGGGCACCAUUCUGUCCAUGAUCACCGUUAGGAAUUCCAAAUACGACGAGGCGGGGCCCAUGGUGUGCGAGCUGAAACGUCGUGGAGUGCCAAUGCUGAUGUUCUAUGGCGAGCGAGACAAGCUCAUCGAUUCAGCGGUGAGUGAAGAGAUGGCCGCCAUGCUGGGCGUGCAGCUGGAUUCCGUGCACGUCUACAAUGGCAGAGAUGACAAAACCGCUGUCCUAUUGCAGUCUGGCAAACCUGAUGGAAACUGUGAAGUUGUCUGCUUCAAGCAAGGAACGCACUUUGCAUUCAAGAAGUACCCAAAUAUAUUUAACGAUUUUAUACUUCAGUUCUGGAAUAGGAACGAACGCACCUGCACUUGAUUUUGUGUGGCAGAUUAUGAUGUAUGACAUUCUUUUUUUUUAUUAUUAUUAUAGUGCACUCCUCACGGUGCUUUCAGGUCUGCCAGACAUUAUUGCAAAUGUUUUUGUGAGAACAUUUAUUUUUGUGCAAUUGAUUUUAAACCCAAUUUAUUUGUACAAAUGUACAACAUAGUUCCGUUUAAGUGAUCCAGUUUCUGGGAAAACCGUCAUCUAUGCACUAGCUCCAUAUUAACAGGUCACGUUCGUAUUCCGCCCCAGCACCAAAAAGUGGCGCAGUCAGGAAUUUUUAGCACGUGAUUGUUGAUACAAUUUGAGUUUCUGCAAGAUUGUGCCUAUGGUAGCUCAAAAGUCUUUCAAGAAUUUUGCUUGCAGUUGGGAACUGUCGAGAAAGCACCAAUGAAAUAAAAAAGAAAUCUUGGUUAACACUAGUGUCACUUAAUAAGAUGCCGCUUGGCAACCCAAAUAUUUAUGAAGUUGAAACCUCUCAUGAUGAUGUAUCCUCUUCUGCAGUCAUAGUGUAUAUUGGCAGAGCAGAAAAACACUGCAGUCAUCGCUCAUUUGCUGAUGUGUGCAACGAUCAUGGACAGCAUCAUUUCCUUUUUUACAGACAACUGGCAGUGAUCAUGCCUAGAAUACAUGGUUAAAAAUGGAAGGAUCAGUACUCACUGAUGCUCUUACUGGGUCAUUCACUAAUUGAAUGCCACCCCGAAGUGAUAACACAAUGCCCAUGUUGACAGUGGAUGCCAUCUAAGACAAGCAUUAAAAGCUAGCCUCUGUUGUAAGGCAAUGCCUAUAUAUUGUUAUUGACCACUACAAAUAAAUGAAUCUGUUUUACUUGGC